AUGAGUGAAUAUGACCAGGUACUUCACGAGGAUGAGACCACCAAUCGAAUGCAGGAGUCCCUCAAACUCUUCGAUUCCAUUUGCAAUAACAAGUGGUUCACCGACACCAGCAUCAUUCUCUUCCUCAACAAGAAGGAUCUCUUUGCUGAGAAAAUCAAACGCUCGCCUCUCACUGUCUGCUUCCCAGAGUAUCCUGGGUUUGCCUAUUUUGAAACGAGUUGA